AUGGAGCUGGGCGAGUCGACUCCUGAUAGGAUUAGCAACGUUCCAGCCAAUGCGAUAGAGCAAAUUCUGACGCUGUUGCCCAUAAAAGAUGCAGCGAGAACCAGCAUCUUGUCAAGAAACUGGAGGCAUCAUUGGAGAAGUAUUCCUCAACUUGUGUUCGACGGUAGUUUUGCUCCACUCCCCAAUACUGGACCAUGUUUGCCAGAUGAGAAAAAGGUAAUGGUGGACAUUUACGAAGCUCUGCUGGUUCAUGAUGGUCGAGUAACCAAGUUUGAGCUCUCAAUUCCUGGAUUGAGAGAAGAUUGUCAACAGAUUUAUAAGUUGAUUCCUCACCUUGCAAGCAAAGGUGUCCAGGAACUUGCUCUUCGGUUUUCCGUGGGCCAGAUCAAGCUGCCUUCCUCCCUGUUUACCGCAUGUCACCUGACUGUUUUGAAACUGCAGCAUUGUAGUGUUGGCGCACCAUCUUCUUUUGUGGGAUUUCGUAAGCUGGUCAUUCUUGAGCUUGAACAUGUUAUCAUGCCUGAAGAUUUCCUUCAGAAUUUACUGCCGGUGUGCCCCCUGCUUGAAGAGUUGCGGUUUAUUAACUCUAGCAAGCAAAAAUAUGUUCUUAACGCGCCAUCUCUAAAAGUGUUUUUAUUUCACACGCAUGUUUUGGGCUCGGUGUGUACGAUCCAGCAUGCUCCAGUGCUUUCAGUGCUAUCACUUCCAAAUCGUUGCGGGUCUAAAGAUUGGUUUGCACGGUUUGCUUCUCUCCCUGCGCUCAGGCAGCUGACUUUUGGAAUUAGUUCGCUGAAAUUCUCUGAAUUGGGUAAUGCUCCCUGCAAGAUAUCAACGACUCUCUGCCAAUUAAACGUCGUUGAAAUAACUCGCCUUCUUCUGGACAACUUGCCACAAGCACGGUUUCUUAUUUGUCUGAUCAUGAGUUCCCCCAGCUUGCAAAAGCUCACCAUUCGGCUGGAUACUAGUACUACCCAGCCGCCUUCAGAGGUUAUCGAUAGCCUACAGGAGUUAUUGGACGCAGAGGACCGACCUGGAGUUUGUUGCCUUCAACAUCUUGAAGAGUUGCACAUUAAUUAUGGCCAAGGAACACGAGUCGAGCUGGACCUGGUGAGGUUUGUUAUGGCCACUGCCCCACAACUUCGUGUGAUCUCGAUUAAGUGUGCAGUUAACCUGUCGGCUGACAAGAUUCUAGAAUUCUCGAGUGAGUUGUUAUCAUAUAAGCGUAUCUCCAAAGAUGCAAUGGUCAAAUAUAUCUAG